GACCUUGAACAAGCUACUAAAAAAAACAUAGAGGUUAAAAUAAUCAGUCGACAACUCAACAAAUAAGUGUACAGAUUCCACAUUUCCACAAUGAAUUUCGCAGGAAAAGUGGUUUUAAUCACAGGUGCCAGCUCCGGAAUAGGUGCUGCAGCGGCCAAACAAUUCGCCGGAUUAGGUGCCAGCCUAGCUUUGGCGGGAAGAAACCUAGAUAACCUCAAACAAGUCGCCUCAGAAUGUUCCCCUGGCAACAAAGCACCACUCUUGCUAACCGGAGAACUAACCAACGAAAAAGACACCGAAGAAAUCUUCCAGAAAACCAUCACACACUACGGCCGCCUUGACAUCCUCGUCAAUAAUGCAGGUAUAAUAGAAACCGGAAGCAUCGAAAACACCAACGUCCAACAGUAUGACAGAGUCAUGAACACCAAUGUUCGCUCCUUGUACCAUUUAACCACGCUAGCUGUCCCUCAUUUGGUUAAAACCAAAGGCAACAUUGUCAAUGUUUCUAGCGUAAAUGGUUUGAGGGCAUUCCCUGGUGUACUGGCGUACUGUCUGUCCAAAGCGGCAGUUGAUCAGUUCACCAGGUGCGUCGCACUGGAUUUAGCCCCAAAGCAAGUCAGGGUUAACUGCGUUAACCCAGGGGUGACGAUUACCAAUUUACACAAGAGGGGCGGCAUGAAUCAGGAGCAGUACGAAGCUUUCAUUAAAAGAAGCAGUGAAACGCAUGCUUUGGGGAGGCCAGGGAAACCAGAAGAGGUGGCACAGACCAUCGUUUUCUUGGCUAGUGAUGACGCUAGUUUCAUCACGGGGGCUACAAUACCUGUUGAUGGUGGAAGACACGCCAUGUGUCCCAGAUAAACCUGAAUAAGACUGUUUUGUUACACAUAAAAUGUGAACAUAUUUUUUGAAUAAACAUUUAACAAUAAA